GUGAAGAUCUGGUUCCAGAACCGCCGAACCAAGUGGAAGAAGCAGGACGGAAUCACGAACGCCGAGGCGAUCGAGCACAAGAACGCGGCCACCGGGAAGAACAAGAAGAUCGCGCCGGCGGCGACCUCCGUCGCCUCCGCGAGCGUCGCGCACUCCGCUGCCACCGCCACCUCGUCGUCGUCGUCGUCGUCGUCCUCGUCCUCCUCCACGGCCUCGGAGAUGAAUAACAAGGGCGCGGCGUCCGACGGGCCGCCGCAUCCCCUGCCUCCUCCCAGCGACGGCGGCAGCGCCCCCACCAGUCCCUCGCAGCUGAGCAACGUGGGCACGAGCGACCUUUCCAGCAGCGACGAGACUUCCCACGGAGGAGGCGGCGAAGGCGGUGGCGGCGGCCAUCUCAUGCGGCUGUCUCCGUUGUCCCACCACCAAGAUGCUGUCGCUGUCACUGUAAGGGAUGCCCCAAGGGAUCUCUCCACCUCCACUUCCUCCAUCACCAACUCCGCCUCCACGUCCUUUAGCAGUAACAACACCAGCAGUAACGUCACCCCCAACAAAGCCGAAGAUCAGUAUCAUAGCCACCACCACGCGUCGAGCACCACGACCUUCGAGGACCAUAUAGUCAUCAAGGAGUUCGUCCCCAGCAACCUGGCUGCAGCGGCGGUAAGCUACAAGGGCGUCUCUGCUGCAGUCUCUACCACUCUGAAGUCUGCCACUACCUCCGCCUCCCUCGUGAAGUCCGUCGGAGAUCUCUCCCUCACAAAGACGUCCGUGGCGACCCCGCUGACGAAAACGCUGAGCGUGAGCACCACCGCAUCUCCGCCGCAGGCACUGGUCCCAAGAGGUUCCCCCCCUCCCCCCAUGUCACACGCCCUUCUGAGCGUCACGGCAACGCCCUCACCUGCCACCGCCGCUGUGCAGAGAGCGGACAGAACCCUCGGCCUGGACACUACCAGUCAGAAGGACAUAAAAGCCAUAGAAAACGGCAAAAUGCGUAAUGACAGUGAGGAAGUGUCGUCUUGAUGAAGCUCAUUCCCUCACUGCUUGUGCUUCAGGUGGCUGAGAGUGGCGGUCUUUACUUAAGGAUUCCCCUUUUGGUGUUAUUCACUCUCUCCCAUCCAGCAGCGGAUCCUUUGCUAGUCCGCUUUCUUUUCGCUCCCCGCGCCACUUCUCCUCGGUGGCACUAGGGCGGGCCGUGAGUCCUGUGGGCGGUGAGGAAGGAAAACGUUGCUGAAAGGACCCGAGUGAAGGUUAGAGAGACGAAUUAAUCAUACGCUCAUUCACUCAUCGUGAGGAGAAUGAGGAACUACCGAAUUAUAUGUGCUUCGAACAAUUCUCCGAAGCUUCACAACUCAUGUUUUCAAGUCAGAUUUCAGUGAAUUGCGUCGGUUUGUUAGUGAAUGUCAAGAGAAUGUUGUAAAAUGUGUGCCUCUCUGUAUGAUCAUGCUCUUCGUCCAUGUACACGUGUUCGAGGAGGUAAAGGUGACUUUGGAUUAGCAGGAUCAUUACAUAUAUCUCGCUGUUUUAAGUCGAAAUAUUUCUUUCGGACGGGGAACAACCGUUCUCCAAAGUGCUCAAACGCAACACUCCAGGGCACUUGUGUCCAUGUGCAAUUUGUAUUAAAUUAACGUAACAAAAGAAAUAGUUGUUGGUUUUCAGAAUUUUACUUAUUUAUUGAUAUUUAUGACGAUUACUUAAUGUUAUACAAAUCGUCUCUUUUUAUUUGUGCCAUAUGAUUGGAAAACAACACUGAAAAGUCGAGAGAGAGAGAGAGAGAGAGAGAGAGAGAGAGAGAGAGAGAGAGAGAGAGAGAGAGAGAGAGAGAGAGAGAGAGAGAGAGAGAGAGAGAGAGAGAAAGUUUACUUUGUGAAAAAGAGAGUGCAUAAAAAGAAACCCCAAAGAAAAAUCUGAAAUGUAUGUUAGUGAGGCAAUAGACCGCGUAAUGAAUGAAUUCCAAAUAGCAUUGGUAAGGGUCUUUGUCAUGCUAAAUUUAAACUCAUGUUAUUUCGCGCUUAAGGAGAAAAGGGAUAUUUGAGGGAAAGUUGCCUGAGACCAGGGCGAGGAGGAGCGCCCUCAGUGAGGCAGCGAGGACAUCCAAGUAGCGCUAUAGCAAUAGGUGGGUCGUUAGGCUGAGGAAUUCAUCGGGAGCUCCCGAUCAAAACGAAAAUAGGUGAACAAAUUUGUGACAAAACUUAAUGAGUAAUUGUGGGUUACGAAAAAUAGAAUAUAAUAUUGAUAAUAAGUACAAGUUCUUAUCCUCAAAAGGUAAAUAACAUUGCUGUUAAUACAUUUCGCACUUUUUAUGACUUUUUUCUGGGAUUUACAUUCCCAUAUAUAUUUACUACAUUGCCUUCCAUAAUGAAUUUGCAUAUAGAAUACGGGAAGAUCUCACUUGAAAGAAAGAAAAGCAAUCUGUGAAAAGGCAGACUUUGUUCUCGUUUACAGGUCACACUUGUGUUCAUUUUGCCGAUCAUGGAAGUGGGGGAUCAGAGGCGGAUCUCGACGACGGAGUGGUGGGGGGCUAAGUGUCUGGAACCAAAAGGAAAAGCAAGUAAACGCCACUGAUAUGUUUUAUCUAUUAUGUGUCGCUUGAAUAAAAGAAAUCCCCAUGUUAUACUUGUUCAUUUAUUAGGGUAUUAUCCGUAUCUCCCAUUGGAGGUCACCGUCAGAGACAUCUCACGCCGACUGACUCUCAGCAAGGUGUGACAUCAUAGCUAUGUAUAUAUCGGAUUACCAUUCAACAGUCAGGAUGGCCGUGACGUCAUAAUCAUGAUGAGGCUGAGGCGACAGAUGCCAGGAAGUGUUUCUGUUGGAAUGUAUGUUUGUCCGUAAGGUUGUUCUCUAAGUUGUUUAUGGAUGGUAAAAUCGCUUCUAGUCUACGAGUAUGUUUUCAGAAUUUUAUACGAAAUCAACUCCGUUUGAUUUUAAUCAUGAGUAUAUUAUAAGGUUUACCCAACAGAUAACGCGGCGUGUAUGACUCAUCAGCAGGCACUGUAUCUCGAUGUGACCGAGUUACAAUAGCCGAAGGAAGAAGAAAUAUAUAUUUUGAGGAUAGACUAAAAUCAAGAGAUAAUCACACCUAUCAUUACAUAUGAACAAAAGACAAAAGCAUUCAUGGAGACAUUGUAAAGUGAUUUAUGUGUGAAUAACUUAUCCCAACAGUGCGGUCAGUUAGGUAAAGGUGGUCGACGGCCGGUCGCUGCGUCUGAUCUUUGUACACCAUUAAUGACAGUUGGUAUUAAUAAAAUACAAAUAAAAUGA